UCGUUUAAAAACACAUCCCCUCAAUCCACAGAAAAGACCACUCUCUCUCUCUCUACAUCGAGAAGGAGAUCAUCAUCUUCUUCUCUCUAUUUCUAUAAAAGAAGGAGAUCACCAUCUUCUUAUUCUUCUGCAAUUCUUCCAUCUACUUUCUUCUCUCUCUAUUGAUUUUGAUUUUGAUUUCUCAAUCAUCUUCUCCUUCUCCUGUUAUUCUUUCCGGUAUUUUCUUUCUAAAUCUGAAGAUGACUCUGAAUUCAGAGAGCCAAGAAUACCAAGACAACAACACGCCUGUGCGGACUACCACCCCAGCCGCUUCUGCAAAACAGCGUCUUCCCAUGGCUAAGACUGUCGACAGCCAGUCUGUUCUUAAAAGGCUUCAAUCAGAGCUGAUGGCCUUAAUGAUGUGUGGAGAUCCUGGAAUUUCUGCUUUUCCCGAAGGAGAUAACAUCUUCUGUUGGAAAGGUACUAUCAGUGGGAGCAAGGAUACUGUGUACGAAGGGAUGAUUUACAAGCUCUCUCUUUCAUUUCCAUCUGACUAUCCAUUCAAGCCUCCAAAGGUGAAAUUUGAGACCAUGUGCUUCCAUCCCAACGUCGAUGUCUAUGGCAACAUUUGCUUGGAUAUCCUUCAGGACAAAUGGUCGUCUGCGUAUGAUGUGAGAUCUGUACUGCUUUCUAUUCAGAGUCUCUUAGGAGAACCGAACAAUGACUCUCCACUCAACACUCAAGCAGCUGCGCUUUGGAGCAAUCAAGAAGAGUUCAGGAAGAUGGUGGAAAAGAUUUACAAGCCUGCCUAAGUAGAGUAGCAGUUCUCAUGUUAGCAAUAUCUGUGUACAUUGCAAGUUGGGGGGAUAUUUGUUUUGUCUGCCUCUUUUCCCAUGUCUUUCUUCAUGUGGGGAGAUGUCUUUUUUUCUUUUUUCUUUUUCUUUUUUUGGUUUCCUUUUUAAAUGGGGGGUCCAAAGUUAGUCGUGUAUGAUCAUGUCUUCAUCAAGCAAUGUUGCAUUAGACGCUUGCUAAUCAUUCAUUUUAUAAGUCCCAUACCAUAUAGGAUUAUGUUUUUGCA